AUGGCUACCGUCCCCUGCACGCCCCUUCUGCUCUGUGCCUCCCUCGUCUGUAUUUUAUACGGCUGCCUCGUACGACGAAAUGCCCGCCAUCUUCCUCCUGGCCCCCGCGCUUCUACCUUUGGCUCUGUCGCGUUGCCGACCUCGUAUCCUUGGAAAACCUACGCGGAAUGGAGGAAGCUCUAUGGCGACGUGAUCUACAUCCACAUCUUCGGGAAUCCCAUUCUCAUAUUGAACACCGCGAGGGACGAUGGUCAGCAAGCUGUGCGUCGCGUUUCAGAUACGUCUCUGGUUUCCUUAUCUCACCGAGCUCCAGCAUGGGCUUUGAUUGGUUAUUCUCGACUGCACCAUACGGCUCGUGGUGGAAGCGACACCGAACGCUUUUCCACCACUACUUCAACAAUACCACAACCUCCCACCACCAUCCCGUACAGUCCAGAGAAACACAUGUCCUCCUCCAAAAUCUCCUCGACACGCCUGACAUGUUUGCUCACCACGUACGAAGGUCUCUACCCUUUCUCUGAAUUCGGGGUUGUACCAUAUGGACUUACAGGUGCCACUGACAGGACUGCUGCUGCAAUCAUCAUGAAUAUUGUCUACGGACAUCAGGUUGCUCCGGAAGGAGAUAACUUCGUGACGUUAGCCGACAAAGCACUAGCCACCUUAGCAGCAAGUGGGAUCUUUGGAACAUAUCUCGUUGAUUACAUUCCUCUUCUCAGACACGUGCCUAGGUGGAUGCCCGGCGCUGGCUUCAAGCGGCAAGCACUCGAAUGGCGAAAACUAAACCAAGCAAUGCUGAAUGCACCGUUCGACAUGGUCAAAGAACGAAUGAAACAUGGGAGUGCCAUCUCAGCACUGACUACGUUCGAGCUGGAGAAGUGGCAACACAAUGGUCAAGAUCCAGACGAAGAGAGAAUAAUCAAGGAUGUUGCUGCAACUGCAUAUGCUGCUGGUGCGGAUACUACUGUAUCAGGCGUUAUAUCGUUUUUCUUGGCGAUGACCAUCUAUCCCGAUGUCCUCAAGCGAGCGCAAGCUGAGAUCGAUCAGGUCGUAGGCCCUGAUCGUCUGCCUAACUUCGACGAUCGAAUCUCGCUGCUUUAUGUGGACUGGAUCGUAUGGGAAUGUCUUCGAUGGAAUCCUGUUACACCUUUAGGAAUAGCACACAGCAUGACAGACGACGAUGAAUACGAAGGAUACCACAUCCCAAAAGGCACGACGGUUCUACCAAAUGUUUGGGGUAUAUUACAUGAUGAGACCACUUAUCCUGACCCGCUCCGAUUUCAUCCCGAGCGUUAUGCAGAUGCUCAAGUUAACAGUGAGCAAAACAUCAAUGAGAUUCCUUGGGCCGCUUUUGGGUUCGGUAGACGGAUGUGUCCUGGCAGGUGGCUAGCUGUAGAUUCACUAUGGAUAGCCGUAGCCACCAUUUGUGCAACUUUCGAUAUCUCGAAGGCUCUAGAUGAAAAGGGUAUGCCCAUUGAGCCAGAUGUAGAGUUUACAUCUACGUUGCUCAGUCGCCCUAAACCAUUCAAGUGCCGCAUAACACCUAGAUCACAGGCUGUUGCUUCACUCGUUGAGCAGUCUCUAGAACAAUCUUCAAUCUAA